GUGUUCUACGGGAGUGUUUUACUAAUUUUAAUGUUGACAAAAGUGAAUGGGCAUAAUAGUUAUAAACGUUCCUGGGUUACGACAGACGAAUUUGAUUUGCAGUGGAGAAUCACAUCAGUCCUGACGAUCUAUUAGAGUUUUUGAAGAUCGGAGAAAAUGCAGCGACCUCGGCCACAACUAAUGACGUAUUAUCAUACGUCGAAACUGAGGACACUACGAAUUUUCCGGUUCCUGAAACCGUGGAUUGCUUCGGAUUGGGUCGGCUAGUCCGUCCAGUACUCUCACUUUUCAACAUGAAACCUGAUACUUCGGAGAAUGUGAACACACAUUUUUAUUUCUCAUCUAGAACGCAGCGGAACAGAGUCCAGGUAUAUCCUGGAAACCAAUUCGGUCUUGAAUGGGUGGACUUUGAUGCCAAGAGAAGAACGGUUUUGAUCAUACAUGGAUUCAUGAGCCAUAGUAAUGCAUCGUGGGUGAACGAAAUGACACGAGCGUUUCUGGAUUGGGCCGAUGUCAAUGUGAUAGCCGUUGAUUGGAGCGGAGGCGGGAACACAUGGAAGUAUUGGCGAGCUGUCGCGAACGCUAAGAGAGUGGUCUCCGAUGUGAACGGGUUCAUGCGUCAGUUGAUGUCGACGAGUGGUGCGAAAACAAAGAGCUUUCAUUUUGUAGGGCAUAGUCUAGGAGCUCAUAUUGCCGCUUGCGUGUCUUUCCACAUUGGCGGAGUAGCUAGGAUCACAGGUUUGGAUCCAGCACAGCCAUGUUUUAAUUCACCGAACAGCACUGAUCGGUUGGAUCCUAGUGACGCGGACUUCGUCGAUGUCAUUCACACUAAUGGAAGACUUCUCACCAAAUUAGGAUUAGGAUUACCCGACCCCAUUGGUCACGCAGAUUUUUAUCCAAACGGAGGUAUGAAACAGCCGGGUUGCUAUAACAAUAGCAAUUCGGUUUGGUCAAGCAUCUUUCCAAGUUUGCAGCAAGCAAUAUGCAGUCACGGACGUGCUUAUCUGCUUUUCACCGAGUCCUUGAUCAACAACAAUUGUUCAUUUAGAGCUUACAAGUGGAACUUGACUUAUGAGGGAGUGAACGCAAGUAUACGGGCAACGUGUGACAAUAUCGGUUCAUGUUCAGAGAUGGGCAUAAAAGCCGUAGGAGCAAUCGGCUACCGACGUGCCAAAGGACCCUACUUCGUUCUGACCACCGAUAAGGAACCUUAUUGUCCAUCGGAAAUGGAACGCCAGCGUCCCCAGUCAGAAUUGCUGCACGAUCUCCGUCAAGGCUUUCGUCUAGAUCGUUCUUUGAAAACGUCAACAGUGACCGUUGCGUAUGCAGAUCCCGAUGACCAAGCGGUCGACGUUGGUACUACCACUACAGAGGCUAGCUGCUGGUUCAGACGAAUUUUCGGAAGGAGAGCAUCGAGUAAUACUGUAGUCGAAAAGGAGUACGCAGAUCCAUUGGAAAACGAAACUAUUGACAAUAAUAAUGCAACAACAGUGACGUCUUGGUUCAAGAGGUUGUUCACAUAGUUAUUUAAUUGAAUAUGCAAUUUCGAAAAGGGCACAUGUCGCAUAUUUUGUCAAAUACGUUUUUUCAUAUACAUGUAGUUUUGUACCUACACCCA